GUCGUUGUGUAGAUGCAGGAUCAAACUGACAGAUCAGGAAGAAGAGAUUGCUGAGAGUUUUCACCGUUCUCUAGAUGUCUAGAGUUUCGUUUUUAAAUACUGGGUUUUAAAUUAAAUCUUAAGUUGAUAAAGCGAAAGGAUCCGACGCAAAGAUGUCUGUUGCCGGACUAAAGAAACAGUUUUAUAAAGCGAGUCAGAUGAUGAGUGAGAAGGUGGGAGGCGCAGAAGGAACCAAACUGGAUGAGGACUUUAAAGACCUUGAGAGGAAGGCUGACGUCACCAGCAAAGCCAUAUCAGAUGUGCUCUGCAAAACUACCGAAUACCUGCAGCCUAACCCAGUAUCACGAUCGAGGCUGACCAUGUUGAACACCAUGUCUAAAAUGCGCGGGCAGAUGAAUAGCCCAGGUUACCCGCAAGCAGAAGGACUUCUUGGAGAGUGUAUGCUCAAAUACGGCCGAGAAAUGGGAGAGGACACCAACUUUGGUGGCGCUUUAGUGGAGAUGGGAGAUGCCAUGAAGAGACUGGCAGAAGUGAAAGACUCUCUAGACAUUGAUGUCAAACAGAACUUUAUUGACCCUUUCCAAACUAUAAUCGACAAGGACCUGAAAGACAUACAGCAUCAUCUGAGGAAACUGGAGGGCCGUCGACUGGAUUAUGACUACAAGAAGAAGCGUCAGGGGAAGAUUCCUGAUGAGGAGCUCAGGCUAGCAGAAGUGAAGUUCGAAGAGUCCAAAGAUGUAGCUGAAACCAGCAUGCAGAACCUUCUGGACACUGACGUGGAGCAGGUGAGUCAGCUCGCAGCUUUGGUCGAAUCUCAGCUGCAGUUUCACAGACAGUCUAUGGAAAUCCUGGAGGAGCUGGCACAGAGAAUGAGAGAAAGAGUAAACGAGGCCCAAUCUCAGCCGCGCCAGGAACGGAUGCCUGCGUCCAGACCCAGCUUUGAUUGUUUAGAUCCGGAAGACUCAAACGGAGGCUGGAAUCCAUCUGCAGUGGCCCCCUCCUUUAACAGGACAUCGUCACGGCAAAAACGCAAUUCGACAGAUCAGCCCUGCUGCAAGGCUCUGUAUGACUUUGAACCGGAGAACGACGGAGAGCUUGGCUUCUACGAGGGUGACAUUAUCAAGCUGACCAAUCAGAUAGACGAGAACUGGUUCGAGGGAACCGUGCAUGGCCAUACCGGAUUGUUCCCCUGUACCUACGUAGAGGUGAUGGUGCCACUGCGGCACUGAUCCCACACAAAACAGGAAGAGGAAGUGCAAUGGCAGGUACAGACAGGGAGAAAGGGAAAUUCUGUGACUUGUAUUUCACUUUGAGCACUUUGACCUCCUGAGAGAGAUGUUGGAUAAUAAACAGUAAGUGUCGGGGCUAUUAUUUGUUACUUAGGGUUUCAGGUCCAGUGUUUUAGUUCAUCUUAGGAAACACUAGCAUUCCCCAAAGUACAUUAAACAUAAUUGAGAAGUAUGUCAAGGAAAAAUCCGUUUUGGGAGUGUUCAUUCUAGAGGCAAAUUGAUUUUAUCUAGCUAUCAGUUUCCUAUAAUGAUGUUACUAAGAAGUGUCUUCUGGUGGUAAUCACUGACCUCUAGCGGCCGCAUUUGUGUAUAACAUGUAAAAUGCUUCCUAGCGUUUGUCAAUCACUGCUCAGCUCUUUCUGAAUGGCGCAAAGCUCAAUGUGUUUGUGCAGUUGUUCAUUUGAAUCUCAUGACUGUUUAACUAACCCUUUCCCGUUAGCUUUAGUUGUGUUGGGUUUGUUUCAUUUCCCUUAAAGGGAUAUGCACCCCCCCCCCCC